GUGUGUCUCGUUCCCUGAUUACCUCUUGUGUAUUUAGUGUCACCUGCGUCUCUGUCGGGUCAUUGUCGUAUGUAGUCUGUCGGUGCUGUCCAUUCGUGUACCAGUGCUACCAGUGUUGAGCCUUAGCCUUCUGCUCAGCUGUGCUGCCUGGCUUUUUUGGACUCAUCAUUCCACUUCAACCUUGGGUCUGCUGCGUUUCCCUCACCGCCUACCUCACCACUUCAUGACACUUAAAGUAUUAUGUCUGUGAUUAGUGCGUCAACAAAAGCUUGCUAAUCACUUCAUUUCCUUCAUAUAGACUUUUUGAGUUUAUUGUUAGCUAUUUCGCUUGAUUUUAAAUGCGGGGUUGAAGGUUGUUUUUUUGUUUUGAAAGAAGUUUGAAUGAAUAAAAUCUUCGAACUCUGUGAUAGGAUUCCAGGUUUGUUUUGUUUCCAUAGAAAUGAGUGAUCAAGAUUGUGUCAGAAAAAAAAAAAAAACUAACAAAAAUUAUGAAAUUUCAUUGCAAUCUAAAUUGAACACAUUUGUUAGAAAAAAAUAGAAAAUACAGAAUAUUUUGAAGGGAAAGUAUUUUUCAAAGUCAGCCUUGUAUCAGAGUUAAAUCAUAUGUUUUGAUUCAAAUAUGUUUGUUGGCAGCCCAAAAUUUGAAUUGGUGAUUCAUUCUGUAACUCAACUGGAAAGUCUGCUGAGUUAUUUUCAAAAAAACAAAGUUUUGAUGCUAUUUUCGAUGAUUUUGAGAUGUUUGGUUGUCGUCCUUAUGUACUCGGUGGUAUGGAGCUUUGAGGCUCCUGAGGAGAAAAAGGAUGUUUUUUCCAGCACAGCCUGUCCUGCUUUCCUGACCUUCACAAAUGCUGCUUACAUAGCCGGGGUGACCGUGGAGCUGCCAUGUCACUGCAAACCAGAGGAGGUCCAAUCAGUUGUCUGGUUCUUCAGAAAACACUGGAGCAGCUUUGAUGAAACCAGAGCCCUGACCGAUAACCAUGGCAACAAGCUGCUGGACACAAGUCAGGUCCCUCACAGCAGUGACCUGCGGAGUCGAUUCUCCAUCCGGAUGUUUAGUUUGCUGAUAUUCAAAGCGGGACCCGAAGACUCUGGCCUCUACAUCUGCGGCUCCGCGCAUAAAGACUUCUUCUAUGGUUACGACCUGGACAUUCAGGAAGCUCCAAUGCUCAGUUUCCCCCCCAGACAUAGAAGCAGUUUCGUUGUCUAUUCCCACCCGAUGUACAAAGUUUUCAUUAGCUUCCGGUCCUGGUCAGUGUGCGACCGCUGUGGCGCUCCAGGUGAGCAGGUCCGUAUCGGACUCUGCUACGUUCACUCCCGUUUCCUGCAUGUGCGCUACAGACUGGCCAAUCAGACAGUGGCGUCCUGUGGCUCAGAAGGAGUCCCCAUGUCAUUCAGCCGCAUAAAUCAGGGGCCGAAGGUAGAAAUCAGAAGCUGCCAAGUUACAUGCCCACCUGAACCUCCCCCACCCUCAAAGGUGACCGCUUUGAUGGCGUUUCUUGGGUACAGUUCUGCGUCUGUCCCGGUACCAGUACCCUUGUUCUACCUGAGCCACCCAGCAGACGGUGUUGUUACCCUGCGCUGCCCUGGAGCCCGUCCCAACAUGGUGGUGGGCUGGGAUCAAGGGUCUACACCAAUCUACAGAUCUGAGAAUACAUCGUCGGGGAACUUUUAUCCAAGGAUAACAAUAGAUACUGGCCAUCAUUUGGUAUUCAAUCCAGCAAAAAGCAAGGACUCAGGAGUCUACUACUGCUGGCUUCAGGGCCGUCGGGCAGCUCACAUCCGUCUGCUGGUCUAUGUGCAUCUGGGAAAAGACCUGACAGUUUGGGCCGAUCCGAACUUCUCAGCAUCCAUGAAAACUUUGUUCACAUAUUAUGCUGUGAUGACGGCUGUGUUUUGUCUGAUGCUGAUUGGCAGAAUUGGGUAUGAGCUCAUCAGAGACAGGUUUGAAACACAUAAUGAUUAA